AUGCUCGCUGAGCCGUUGAGUCGAUCAACCUCGCUUCGCUUGCUCUCUGCUUCGACUAUCGGCGCUCCCUGUCGAGUCGAUGCCUCGAGAAUCGGCUUCUGUGCCGAUGUCGACUCGUAUGGUCACGUUAUCCCCGAAAACGAGAACAAGACAGAGUUCGCACUUGACCUAAUACGUGAGCUGGAAGAUUCACCAGAAGGAACUAAAACCCUAGUUGAGUUUCACAAGCAAUGGAGAGCAAAGGAAACCCUAAACCAAACCACAAGAAACACUAAUGUCUCUCUCAAAGACGCUAUCAACGCAAGCAUCUCAAGAGAGAAGCUAGUCUCCGCCUGCAGAGCCGGUCCUGAGAUUUUGAGGGACCGGUCCUCCAGAGGAGAAACAAACCUAAAAUCAACAUUUCAAACAUUUGCAAACCCAUUCUGGACUGAGAUUCUAGUCAUUGCCAAAAGAUCUAUGCUAAACUCAAGAAGACAACCAGAGCUUUUCGGAAUCCGCCUAGGAGCUGUGCUAGUCACCGGAACAAUCCUAGCUACAAUGUUCUGGAAGCUAGAUAACUCACCGAGAGGCAUACAAGAACGUUUAGGGUUCUUCGCAUUCGCAAUGUCAACAACGUUCUACACAUGCGCCGAAGCCAUACCAGUCUUUCUCCAAGAGCGUUACAUCUUCAUGAGAGAAACCGCUUACAACGCUUACCGUAGAUCGUCGUACGUCCUCGCACACACGAUCAUCUCCCUCCCAGCUCUUGUUAUCUUAUCCGCUACCUUCGCCGCCACGACUUUCUUUGCGGUUGGUCUCGCCGGAGGCUCCGAGGGGUUCUUAUUCUUCUUCUUGACGAUCUUGGCAGCGUUUUGGGCGGGAAGCUCAUUCGUGACGUUCCUAUCCGGCGUCGUAUCGCAUGUGAUGAUUGGAUUCACGGUGGUUGUAGCGAUCUUAGCUUACUUCCUCCUCUUCUCUGGAUUCUUCAUCGCCAGAGAUAGGAUCCCUCUCUACUGGUUAUGGUUUCAUUACCUCUCGCUCGUGAAGUACCCUUACGAAGGUGUGCUUCAGAACGAGUUUGAAGAUCCGACGAAGUGCUUUGUAAGAGGGAUACAGAUGUUUGAUAGUUCGCCGCUGGGACAAGUUCCGGAUGCUGUGAAAAUCAAUUUGCUUAAGAGUAUGAGCGGUGUUCUGGGGUUUAAUGUGACGGCGGAGACGUGUGUGACGACGGGGGUUGAUAUUUUGAAGAAGCAGGGGAUCACGGAGAUGAGUAAAUGGAAUUGCUUGUGGAUCACGGUAGCUUGGGGGUUCUUGUUUAGGGUUCUGUUUUACUUCACACUCUUGGUCGGAAGCAAGAACAAGCGGCGCUGAUUUUUUACUAAUCUUACUGCUGUAAAUUUAGUUUAUUUUAUAAAAGGAAAGCAAAAGAGAUUAGUGUAAAUAAAGUAACUAAAAGGUCUGUCUUUAUUUUCGAAACACUUUUUUUAAAAAAAAAUAUUGAACUUAUCUAUUAUAAACAAUAUACAUUUUGUUAUAAAAACUUGUUUUUUACAUUUGAUUAGAUGUGGACAUUCAAGUACCAGUUCAUAUAUACUUUAAAUUUUUCAAAAUCUAAAAAUUAAAAUAAAAUAUAACAUAUAAAUUUGAAUAAUGUAUGCCAAGAUACUUAAACUUAACAUAAAAAUUGGUUUAACUUAAAUAUUUGGACAGGGAAUCAAUAGAUAUUUUAAGUAUUUUAAGUAUUAUAAGUAUUGUUUAGCUAUUUUAAACAUGUACUUAUAACUAUUUGUAUAUUUCUAAGUAUUUUGGACAACUUAAAAGCGUCUUAUAUAUUUUGUAUAUUCUUUUAGCUAUUAAAUUUAAAAGUAAUUAAUAUAUUUAAGUAUAUAAAUCUUGUUCGGAUAUAUUCAGAUACCUAAAAUAUUACGGUUUGGAUCGGGUUCGGUUUUGGCUAUUUAGAUACCAAAAUUUUGAACCCAUUUAGAUAUCUAACUAAUUUUGGUUAAAGUUUAAUACUAUUCUUUGGAUCGGCCUUGGUUCGGUUUUUUAGAUUCAGUUUUUUGCCGAACCCUAUAUUUUUAUGGUGACAAAAUUUUAAACGAAAAUGAUUAGUUGAAGUAAUUUUUUUUUGCAUUUUUAUAGAUCAAAAUUUUUAUGUAUCAUUUGAAAGCGUUAUUUUUAGUUUCCUAUUGGACCCAAAAUAUCUUAGGUACUGACCCAACGUGGAAAAGAUGAGGUUUAGAAAGGUUGCUGGACAGAAAUCAAAUUAUUGCUAGACACUUGGCCUUAGAGUGAUACAAUGUCCCCGCGAACUCGAUAAUAGUUAGGCUACUUAUUGCUUUCUGUCAAUUUUUCUUUGUCAAACAACUAGUGGCUACUUUGCUCUUUUUGUACCCAAAUAUUUCUAUUGAAAUGUGAGGAAGCAAAAAAAGGUUGGACUUUAUAUGUAGAAGUUUAGAUGUAAGAUUUAGUCUGUGUUUUUUUUCCUUGCAUUCUAUGUUGUUUUGCUGUAAAAAAUAUUACAACUUUUAAAUCACUUUAAUUGUUGUUUUGAAAAAAUAAACUAAAACCUGAACAAAAAAAUUGUAGAUGAUGUAGGUAGGCUUUAAUUUAAAAAAUAUAACUACAUCAUUUGGUUAAGAUUAGUCAUUUAAAAUAAAUAAAGCUAAAGUAUAAAGUUGAAUCCCAAGCGAUCAUCACAUAUAUUCCAAAAUGUCUUGAAAUUAAUCUUAUAUUGUUUGAGUUUUUUUAUCAACAAAUGUGAUUUUUCGAAAUUUUAAUAAAUUUUAAUUAUGUACUAAACUUACUUAAGUAAUAUUUAAGUGGGAAGUCAUCUAGUUAUUAACUCUUCAAAAUCUUUAUGUAAUAAGAAAACCUUAACUAAGAAAAAAUAGCAACUCUAAUAAUAAUGUUGCAUUAAGAAAAAAAGGCAAAAGAGGCAAAAGGGU